CAGUGUCGAGUCGCAAGAUGGCGGAGGCUGCAAACUGCAUCAUGGAGAAUUUUGUAACCACGCUGGCUAAUGGGAUGAGCCUGCAGACUCCGCUAGAAGAUGUAACUCCACACUCCUGGGCUCAUUCAGGGGUUAGAGCAGCUCAGGAGGUGUCAUGUACCACCCAGCCAGAAAGCAGCGGAAAGCCAACAGCAGAGGAGAUGACCUCCAAGGAUUACUAUUUUGAUUCUUACGCCCACUUCGGAAUCCAUGAGGAAAUGCUGAAAGAUGAGGUGCGCACACUGACCUACAGAAAUUCCAUGUUUCACAACCGGCACCUCUUCAAAGAUAAAGUGGUUCUGGAUGUUGGCAGUGGAACUGGGAUCCUUUGCAUGUUUGCAGCCAAGGCUGGUGCCAAGCGGGUCAUUGGGAUUGAAUGUUCCAGUAUCUCUGACUAUGCUGUGAAAAUUGUCAAAGCCAAUAAACUUGACCAUGUGGUCUCCAUCAUCAAGGGCAAAGUGGAGGAAGUGGAGCUGCCCGUUGAGAAGGUUGACAUAAUCAUCAGUGAAUGGAUGGGCUACUGCCUCUUCUAUGAGUCCAUGCUCAAUACCGUCAUCUAUGCCCGGGACAAGUGGCUGACUCCUGAUGGACUCAUCUUUCCAGACCGUGCUACGCUGUACAUCACAGCUAUUGAAGACCGGCAGUAUAAAGAUUACAAAAUCCACUGGUGGGAAAACGUGUAUGGCUUUGACAUGUCAUGCAUUAAAGACGUGGCGAUCAAAGAGCCUCUGGUGGAUGUCGUUGACCCGAAGCAGUUGGUCACCAAUGCCUGCCUCAUCAAGGAGGUGGAUAUCUACACAGUGAAGGUGGAGGACCUCACCUUCACAUCGCCCUUCUGUCUCCAGGUGAAACGGAAUGAUUACAUUCACGCCUUGGUUGCCUAUUUCAACAUAGAAUUCACCCGUUGCCACAAGCGCACUGGAUUCUCCACCAGUCCAGAAUCUCCAUAUACCCACUGGAAGCAGACAGUCUUUUACAUGGAGGACUACCUAACAGUGAAGACGGGAGAGGAGAUAUUUGGCACCAUUGGCAUGAGGCCCAAUGCCAAGAAUAAUCGAGAUCUGGACUUCACCAUAGACCUGGACUUCAAGGGCCAAUUGUGUGAGCUAUCCUGUUCAACGGAUUAUCGGAUGCGUUAGCUGAUCUGCCCCCUUGGCCGUAUUUUUUUUUCUUCCUCCUCCAGCCGACCUUGCGCCCAGAGCUAACUCUCCCUCUUGUCUUCUUCAGUUGGCGUAUCACUAAUUCAUUUCAUUGUGUAGUUCCCUGUUGCUGCAUCUCUGGGUCAGCAAGGAGAGGGUCAGUAUUAGAGGCUAGGGGGGAAAUAGCCAAGAGCCCCCCCAACUCCAUUGCCCCACAUUUUCAACCCCCUCCCCCAGCCAGGAAUGGAGGCUUUUAGCACAACUGAAGACACACACGUGAUUCGUCCAUCCGUCCGUUUGUUCUGAGGCCAGAGUGCCGACCACAGACUACCAUCAUGAAUUUUUAUUUUUUAGUUGAAAUCAUUGUUGGUCUCCUCUGCCAAAUUGUAUUGCCUAUAAUUAUUCUCCCUCCCACCCCGUUUUCAGAGUAAUUCUCCUCUCUAGAGCAAAAAUGCUGCUCGGGCUUUUGGGGUGCACACCUCUAUCCAGUGUUCAGUCAAGGGUCAGGGUGGAGGAAUUGGUAUCUCAACUGGUUUUUAUUAAUCAAGAGGGCAUCUGGAGGUGUGGGGGGGGUGGGUGGGAAAGACAUCUCCAUUUUGUGGGUGUUUUUUCAGAUAGUUUUGUACUUCUCCCUCUCAAAUCCCCUGUUUGGAUGUGUGGGGUGGGAGUAUUUUGUUUUUUUUAAAUCCCUUUGAGAGCUGACAUCGUGUGACUUUCAUAACUUAUGGUUUUUAUAUGGUUACAUUCAUGAGGAAAAAAAAAUAAAGAGGUUGAAACCA